AUGUCUGUGUCGCUGCGCAUCACCAGCGGUUAUUUAUGGCUGCAGACUGAGGAGCUCCACAGGAACCGGAAAUUAACGUUUUUAAAGGGAAGCGGAAACAAUAAGAGCUCCGCGCGGGAAGAGGCCGGAAGUGGGAUCCUCGGGUCAGACAGCCAACAGAACUGUAGAAUCAGACGAGGACAGCAGGUCCAGACUAAAGGCGGUUCGGAACCAGGCCAGGUCCAGGAUGAAGAUCUAUUUCUGCGGCAGCAUCCGGGGCGGCAGGUCGGACCAGCAGCUCUACCAGAGGAUCGUGAACGAGCUGCACAGAUACGGGAGCGUGCUCACCGAGCACGUGGCCAGCGCCGAGCUCAGCGACUCAGGAGAGGAGGGCCCAGCAGGGGGCGACAGAGCCAUCCAUGACCGAGACCUGGCCUGGCUGCAGCAGUCUGACGUGGUGGUUGCCGAGGUGACGCAGCCGUCCCUGGGCGUCGGCUACGAGUUGGGCCGGGCCGUGGACAUGAAGGAGAAGAAGGUGCUGUGUUUGUUCCGGCCGUCGUCAGGACGAGCGCUGUCGGCCAUGAUCCGAGGGGCGACGGACGGGCGGCGCCUCCUGGUGGUGGACUACAGCGAGGAACAGCUGGAGGCGGUUCUGGACUGGUUCUUCAGCAGCCUGCAGUCGGUCUGACCAAUCAGAGCGCAGCCAGCGGUCACCAUGGUUACGCCCACCGGGACAGGGCGGCCUUUGUUUAAAUAUAUCUGGAAAAGUAAUAAAAGCCACUGCUGCUUUUAUAAGAAUCAGAAAGAACCUGAUGACCCAUCUUCAUCGUCUUCAUCAUCUUCAUCAGCAGCACAAAGGGCCAGAGGUCACAGGGAAGACAUAGAGUUUGUCUAGUAGAAUGGUCAUGAAUCCUGGACUAGUCCAGAAUAUCUAUUUGUAAAUAUUAAUUUUCUUUAUUGGGGAUUUUUGAUAUUUUAGUAUUAAAUGUUUCACCUUGUAGCUUCCAUUUGACUUCAUAACUGAGGUUUAUUAAAUGUCUCUUUGUCCAAAACUUUAAUAAAAAAUGAUCUUUUUCCUGAUUCUUUGCAGAAUAUCUGACUGUAUUCAUAUAAAAAAUAAAAAUGUUGAAGAGAA